GAUGCUGAAGUUCUAGUGGGAGGGAAAGGGUGGCCAUAACUCCCGAGAAGAAGACUAUUGUCACAGGGGUCUCCUAUUGAUCCUCCCCCAUCUAAUACAUCUGCUGCUGGGCUCCUGGGGAAGGAUGGAAAUCAGCCUGCGCUUGGAGAGUGGGUACGGUGACAACUAGAUGAUGCCAGCCAUGAGAGGGCUUUUAGCUCCUCAGAAUACAUUCCUAGAUACCAUAGCGACCAGGUUUGAUGGUACACACAGCAACUUUGUCCUUGGCAAUGCUCAGCUGCCGCUCUCCUACCCUGUGGUGUAUUGUUCCGAUGGGUUUUGUGAGUUGACUGGGUUUGCCCGUGCUGAGGUCAUGCAGAGGUCCUGUGCUUGUACCUUUUUGUAUGGUGCAGAUACCAGGGAACAGGUCAAACAGUGCAUCCAAAAAGCCCUGAAUGAUAAAGAAGAGCUUAAGGCUGAGUUGCUGCUCUACAGGAAAAAUGGCUCACAAUUUUGGUGUCUGCUGGAUGUUGUACCAAUCAAAAACGAAAAAGGAGAGGUGGUUCUGUUUCUAGUUUCAUAUAAAGACAUCACAGAGUCCAAGACUCGGACAGGAACUGAGAGCUGGAAAGAUACAGGAGGCAGAGGAGAGCAGUAUUCUCGUGCAACAGGAAAAGGCUUUAAUGCCAAUCGUAGGCGAAGCCGAGCUGUUCUUUACCACCUUUCAGGGCAUCUGCAGAAACAAAAUAAAGCGAAAGCAAAAAUUGGAAAGGGUGUUUUUGGUGAGAAGCCUCGGGUUCCAGAUUAUAAAGUUGUCUCUGUGCGUAAAUCUCCUUUUAUACUCUUACACUAUGGUCCAUUCAAAGCCUGCUGGGACUGUUUAAUCCUCCUUGCCACCCUCUAUGUAGCAGUGACUGUACCGUACAGUGUCUGCUUCAGUACUGGAAAAGAGAAAGGUACUCAGAGUCCAAGGAGUCCACCAAGUGCAUGUGAUCUUGUGGUGGAAAUCUUGUUCAUUUUAGAUAUCAUCUUGAAUUUCCGUACAACAUUUGUUAGUCAGUCAGGACAGGUGGUGUUCUCUUCACGUCUUAUCUUCCUCCAUUACAUCAGGACAUGGUUCUUGUUGGAUCUUCUAGCUGCCCUUCCUGUGGAUCUUCUCUACAGUUUCAAAGUCAAUAUAUAUUUUGGGGCUCAUCUCUUGAAGACUGUACGUCUACUACGGUUGCUGCGCCUCCUCCCAAGAUUGGACCGCUAUUCUCAGUACAGUGCAGUUGUCCUCAGCCUGUUGAUGGUUGUCUUUGCUCUCUUGGCACAUUGGGUGGCCUGUGUCUGGUAUUUCAUUGGUCAGCAAGAGAUUGAAAGCAGUCAGUCAGAAGUCCCAGAAAUCGGUUGGCUGCAAGAACUGGCCCGACGUUUGGAAACUCCUUACUACAUAGGAAGAAAAAAUAUUACCAGAGUUUUACCCACUCAGAGCAAUUAUAGUGAGGAGACUGCCAAUGAGACUGGUUUGGUGUUAUUAGGGGGACCUUCUUCCAGGAGUUCGUAUAUCACAUCCUUGUACUUUGCCCUCAGUAGCCUAACCAGUGUUGGCUUUGGGAAUGUAUCGGCUAACACAGACACUGAGAAAAUCUUCUCUAUCUGCAUCAUGCUAAUAGGAGCCUUGAUGCACGCACUGGUGUUUGGAAAUGUCACAGCAAUCAUCCAGCGUCUCUAUGCAAGGAGAUUCCUGUACCACAGCCGUACACGGGAUUUACGAGAUUACAUCCGUAUCCAUGGGAUCCCGAAGCCACUGAAACAACGCAUGUUAGAAUAUGUCCAGACAACAUGGGCAGUAAACAAUGGCAUUGAUACUAAUGAGCUCUUGCACAGUCUUCCAGAUGAACUACGAGCUGAUAUUGCCAUGCACCUCAACAAGGAACUUCUCCAAAUGCCACUGUUUUCCCUUGCAAGCAGAGGUUGCCUACGCUCCCUAUCACUUAACAUUAGGCCUUCUUUCUGCACUCCUGGCGAGUAUCUCAUCCGGCAGGGGGAUGCGCUGGAAGCCCUGUACUGUGUGUGUUCAGGAUCCAUGGAAGUCCUGAAGGAUGGAAUUGUGUUGGCGAUAUUGGGCAAAGGUGACCUGAUUGGUUGUGAGGUCUCUUCUGAGGACACAGUAAUUAAAGCAAAUGCGGAUGUCAAAGGCUUGACAUAUUGUGACCUGCAGGGGAUCAGUCUGAAGGGACUUCGUGACACGCUAUCACUCUAUCCAGAAUAUGCUUAUAAAUUCACAAGUCAGAUCACACAACAGCUCAGUUACAACUUGGGAAGCAGCAGAUGUGAGCCUGAGAGUCAAAUCCAUGUGCAGCAGUCUUCUAUGAAAGAUGGUUUACCAGAAGAUGUGUCAUCAACUGCACAUACUUCUCUGCUCACCCCCAAGUCAUCUCCCAGGCUUCGACUCUCCCCAUCUCGGUUUUCGAAUUACAGUGAAAAUCGGUCUCAGGAAGUGACACCCAUUCACACACCUCGGAAGAGUUGUGCUGCUGAACUACAAAUACCACUUAUGCCUUGUACUAGGCCACCAGAUCUAAGCCCAAGGGUUGUGGAUGGUAAAGAAGGAACAACUGGGAUAGUCCAGCAGAAAUUCACAUUUUCAGACUGCAACAACCUUCAAAAUACUCCAGGAGAACCAAGAGCUACUGAAAGUAUGGAUCGUCUCAGUCAAGCGGUAUCUGAUCUGUCAUGCCAAGUGCAGGAGCUGAGAGAAGGCCUUCAGGCUCUCCGUCAUGCAGUUCACGUAUCCCUAAUGCCAUGCAGUCCAUCAUCCUGCCGCCAUGGAGGAGACUUCCAUUCACACUGUGGAGGAGGGUUGCAUUCAUCUGGGGAUGCAACAAGUACAUGCCCUUCACUUUUUCAUCCUAAUCGAGUAGAAAAACCAUCUCAGGUCUGCUACAUACACAGUGCUUCCCCAGCUUGCUCAGAGGGACAUUUAUCUUGGCUUUGGGCUCCCCCUACCCCAAUGUGGCUGCACUGCUCAGGAUUUGAACAGAGAGACUUGACCCAGCCAGGUGCAGUUGGGGAGCCGCACACCGCCUCUGACCCACAGUCUGUAGAAAUGCACUUUAUCCUUCCACAGAGGGGAAGCAACACAGAUCCAGAAAGCUGGUCCAGGGAGGAAGGAACAGGAGUGUAAGGAUGAAGCAGAACAGUAUUAGGGCAGUAAGAUACAGGGUUGUGCAGUAUGUCAAGAUUUGCAAGAGAAGGAUCUUCAUGGGAUUUGUAUUCUGUUCAGGAAGAAUGAGGAAUUACUUGUACUAGGUGUAGUGCUGCAGCUCAGGUACAAUCUGGUUUUCUAGUCAUUUAUAUAUGAGCCAAAACUUAGUAUAUUUUGUUCAAAUUCUUUUCCAAGUAUCAUCCUGUGUAGGACAUCAAAAAACAAUAUCUGCAAUGUCACAGGGAUGAUUUUUUUUAAUGUAAAAGUUUUCUAUAUCUUCUAUUUCUAUAUCUCUUGACCAUGGGCGGUGACUGGUGUUGCACAUCAGCUCUUGUCAUACAGGGCAUUGUUUCAGACCUCGUCACUUCAAUUUUAAUAAAAUAGUUUUUUUCAUUCUAGAAGACUGCCAGGAGCCAUAUAAAUAAAAAAUAAAGUAAAAAUAAAAAACUUACCAUGCCUUCCCAAGUUCUCUCCAAUCUAGCACUGCCACUCUGUCCACUUCGCUGUGAAGUAUUGUCUGCAGCAGUGAUGUCCUAUAUACUGCUGAAGCCAAUCACUGACCUCAGGUGUCUUGUGCUGUACAUUGCUGAGGCUAGUGAUUGGCUGCAGUAUAUGGGACACAGGGGGCUCUGCAAAGUAAUUUAAAAACAAUAUAUUUUA